GGCUGCCAGUCUCUCUCUCCUGUCAUUGCGGCGACCUGGGAAGCUCUCAUGCCGUAUUCAUUCCGUCCUGUAGCGGAACCAACGGUACCAUGACUGCCCUGUAUCGCCUCGUCCAAAGGACGGUUCUGAGCGGCCGCACGUCGUGUUGUGUACUAGCCGGACAGAGGGGCGUGUGCGCGGCCAGCACGUCCAGCCCAGUCAACCUGACAUAUGACGUCUUUGACGGGAAGGGGGACAGCACGCCGCUGGUCUUCCUGCACGGCUUGUUUGGCAGCAAAUCCAACUUCCACUCCAUCGCCAAGUCGUUGGUUCAGCGCACAGGCCGAAAGGUGCUGACCGUUGACGCCCGUAACCACGGCAACAGUCCCCACAGCUCAGCGUUGACCUACGAAGCUAUGAGCGACGACUUGAAGCAUCUUCUCUCCCAGCUGCGCAUCGAUAAGUGCGUCCUGAUCGGACACAGCAUGGGCGGGAAGACGGCCAUGACCACCGCCCUGACGCAGCCAUCUCUGGUGGAGAGGCUGGUGGUGGUGGACAUCAGCCCGGCUCAGAGCAACACCAGGACCAACUUCCACUCGUACAUCCGCGCCAUGCAGGACAUGAAGAUCUCCACGGACCUCCCGCGCUCCACCGCCAGACGCAUGGCGGAGGACCAGCUGCGCCGCACGGUCAAGGAGCACUCGGUGCGUCAGUUCCUGCUGACUAACCUGGUGGAGCACAACGGUCACUACGCCUGGAGGGUCAACCUGGACGCCAUCUCAGCUCAUCUUGAUGACAUCAUGAGCUUCCCCAACUUUGACUGCGCCUACAGCGGCCCCACGCUGUUUCUGGGUGGAGCCAGUUCUGCUUACAUCAGCUCUGACGAUUACCCCGAAAUCCAGAGGCUGUUCCCUAGCGCGGACAUCCAGUACAUUCCAGACGCCAGCCACUGGAUCCAUGCGGACAAACCUCUGGACUUCAUCAGCUCCAUCAGCUCCUUCCUUCAGUCCUAGCCGCCUCCACAGGAGGAACCCCCAGGACCGCCCGACGAGGCGCAGGAACGCCAGGUGAGAACUCACGUAGUUUGAUGAAGUAGCCGGCAGCUGCUUCCGUUAGCGACGAAGUGUUCUGACCCGGUCCUCGUUUCAGUGGACCACAAUGCUGACUGAUGGACAAUGACAAGACCACGAUUGAAGUCUUUAGUCAUGCCUGGAUGUGUGUGUGCGUGCGGUCAGAGCGUAAAUGUUUGGCUUUCCUUAAAGUCUCGUUAGUUGUUCCACUAUUCUGUAACAUGCAGCAUUACCUAGUGCACACUACUAAGUUCAGAGGGAAACCUGGGGGCCAUUUUUGUUGCGCAGUUCUUUUUAAAUUGUAAAAAUAUACUGGAUUAUUUAUAGAUAUUGCCCUAAUUUCUCAUUUAUAACAAAAAGCUACGGUGUAAAUGUUAGGCUGAGCAUAUUUAUUGAACUACAUUUGCUUGCUUUUAGGAUUUAACGGGACUUUUUUAAGCCAAUACAGAUCACUUCUUUUGUUGAUGUAGGUGUAGUUUGUGCACAUUUUUUUUAGCGGAGGCUUCUUUAGCAGUAGGUGUCUUUGCAAGCUCUCAAGACACCACCGUAGCAAUGCUGGCCUUUAAAAAUGCUGGAUGUGUUGAAGGGUGACAGUUUCCCCCCCCACCCUUGUAGAACAUUUGGUGCAAAUAGCACGCAAAAUGUCUUCCUCUAAAACCGAGACGUAUUCCCACGAUCAAUGUUUGUUUACAAUGUGCUCAGAGGGAGGAAAGUAGCGCCAAAUUUGCUCACCCUAACCCACAUAGAGCACAGUAAGGGUAAUCUCUCCUCAUCAGAGCAUGUUUGUAAAGUUAUGUCUGAUAGUUAUCAUGCACCAAAUUGCAUCAACCCGAAACUUUUGAUUAGAUGGAAAAAGUUUGGACAGUCCUGAUCUGGUGUGCACUACGUAGUGCGCAUUACUGGAGUAUGUUACCUCCUUCCUUAGUAGUCAAAGGUCUAGUAUGUAAUUAAGUUCCUGCUACAUUACUACCCUAUCUUAAACUUGUCUUUCAGUGUUCUGGUGUGUUUUUAAUGUUUAUGACCAAUAUAUGCUGCAUAUAUAUCUUAUCCGUCUAGUAUUUAAACGUGUUUCCGUGGAGAUGAAGAGUGGAGUAUAAACAAAACGCAGGGUGUUGUCAACUAACGUGCCUCUCUUGGUCUUUAAAACGAUGUUGCUAUUCACGGUUGGCAGCUGGCUUGCCUCUGCCGACAUCAGCCACAAGGGGGCGUACUCUGCAGGAUGCAUGCUCUUGUCGCCACCCGCCUACAACUUGAUAAGAAUUGUUUAUUAUAAUGAAUGUGUAUGUAUAGUGGACGUGUCAAAGAUUGUUUUCUAACGGGAUGACGGGUCUGUAAAUGGUCAGGCUUGUUUAUUCAAAGCAAAUCUUUAUGUAAGCACGCAGGUCAAAUGGGGAAAUGUAAACAAUUAUUUGUUCCAUGUCUAGAAUAUUGUUCAUGUGAUGCUCAUCCCUCUAAUAAAAUCAAAGUGUUAACUUUA